AAAUUUAUAAUUCAAUUGUUUUCUUUUAAAAUGGCAGCUGUAUUAUAUUUAUUUUUUUUUUUGAAGCCUUUAAUUCCAUUCUUGUACUUGAAUAUUAUAAUAUUUUCAUACAUGAAUGUAUUUUUGACAUUCACUUUUAUAUUUAUGCAUGUUUAUUUUUCGAUUUACGGUUCAACAGUCACGAACAUUUACAAAAAGCACCGUUAUCAAUUCUAUUAUAAAAAUCCCCGUAAUAUUACCAGAGUGGAUGAUGCUAAAUCAACGAGUAUCGUAGAUUCUAAUUAUCGAGUUUUGAGAACUCUUUCCUUAUAUCGCUCAGAAUAUUAUGAACAUGCUCAUAUUCGGAAUGAAAUGGAGAAGAGAAGUACUGCAUUAUGUGAUUAUUUGAAUGAUUGAUUAAACAUUGUAAAACUAAUUUACACUUAUAAGGGAUCCUGUCAGAAAAAUAAUACUUUAUGAUAUAAAUGCGUGGAAUCAUUAUGGGUAAUAUUAAGUAAUUUUGAAACGGAAUUAGAAGGACAAAAAAAAAAAAGAAACAAAAACAAUCUGAGGACUUACUCUUUAACUCAAGACUUGAUUCCGAGUAGUUGUAGUCAUUCUGAAAUUUAUUAUUCAGAAUAUUUUAUUCUUCUAUCUGUGUGUUUCUCACUAUUUGGAAUAAUUCACAUUUAUAUAUUUAUAUAUAGAGUGAUAUAA